AGGGCGCUGCAUCUCCGCGCCACCAAGACCUUCCGGGACCCGCAGGACACGGUGCGCCGGACGGGGGAGGAGUGGCUGGUGACGCUAGCGCAGAGCGAGGCCUACAUCCCGGACGUCUACGAGGAGGUGGUGGGCAUUGUGGACAUCACCACACUGAGCAGCCGCCAGUACUGCGUGGUGUGCGACCCCGUGGGGCCCGACGGCAAGCCGCAGCUGGGCCAGGAGAAGGUGAUCAAGGGGGAGAAGUCGUUCUUCCUCCAGCCAGGGGAGUCUCUGAAGGACGGGAUCCAGGACAUCUACAUCCUCUCGGAGGACGAAGGGCUGCUGCUGCGGGCCCUGAGCAAGCUGGAGGACUUGGAUGAGGACGGUGGUGAGCUGCACCGGAAGCCGGGCGAUCGCUGGCUCAUCCGGGGGCCCCUGGAGUACGUGCCGCCGGCAGAGGUGGAGGUCCUGGAGCGGCGCCGCGCCACCCCCCUGGGCGAGAACGAGGGGAUCUACGUGCGGGACAUCAAGACAGGCAAGGUGCGGGCGGUGAUCGGUCACACCUACAUGCUGACGGAGGACGAGGAGCUGUGGGAUAAGGAGCUGCCCCCCACCGUGGAGGCCCUGCUGUCCUCGGGCCAGGACCCUGUGGCCGACCGCUCCAGGGCCCCCCCCCAAGAAUGCGAGGACCGGCCCCGCGACACAAGACGGGUGGUGAGUUACCAGGUGCCCCACAACGCCGCCGUGCAGGUGUACGACUACCAGGAGCGGAAGUCCAGGUGAGUGGGGGA